UCCUUAGUCCUUCCUUCACUUUCAUCUCCUAUCUUCCUCGCCUGCUCCUAGGCUAGGUCCAAGACGACAAUGCAAUGCAAUGCAAGACAGUUCCGGCGGGGGCGGACUGGGAACACAUGGGAAUGAGAGAUGAGAUUGCUCGGUCGUGCUGGCCCUGGGCUCGUAGUUGAUCUGCUUGUAUGCAUGUGUUCUCAGGUCGCCCCCGCGGGGCCUUCCUUGCUGCCGCGGGUGGCUGCAAGUGCUGGAGCUGGACGUACGACGGGCACCCGCCCCGCGCGGCCCAGGCCACCACACACCACAUUAUGCAGGGAGGGAGGGAGGGAGGCACGCACGACGCACCGCCGCCACGUCUGUUCUGCUGCGACGACCGCGAGAGAGUAUCUACUGUAUGUAGGCUGCAACACGCCGAUGAGGCGAGGUGACGAGGUCGCACCUGCCGUGACGCCGCCGUCAAACUGUGAGCCCACGUCUCCACGACCGUGAUUCUCCGAGCGAGGCUGCCGACGCCGAGCACGCUGUCACCGCAAAGACGCAAAGGAAAGGAGAUCAGGAAUUGGAAGGGUCACGACGUUCAGGAACCAGGAAUUGGAAGGGUCACGUACUCGCAUCAUGCCAUCAUACACCUAGGAUAGGAAGCAAGCGCUGAAUCAUGUAAUAUACAUGGGUAUAUUUAUGGGCCCCCAAGGCUAUGGGCCCCUAGCCUGUGCCCCCCCCCCCACCCCAAUCCGACGGGCAUGUUUAUCAAUCGAGCCAGUCAUGUCAGCUAAUAGUAAUUUCAGUCAUGACUUUUCAGACCAGCGAACCUCUGCAUGAAGUAUGUGAAGUGCUGCAAAUAAUACUCUAAUGCUAGUGCUGUCAAAUUCGGCUAACGACUGAUGAUGUUGAAGGUUUAAACAUAGAGAGGUGGUUUUCGAGAAUAUGUUGUGGCGUGUGUUUAUAUUGUGAGGCUAAAUUUAUUUAACAGCUGAUUUGUUUAAUCUUUAAUAUCUAAAUUUACCGAUCCUUUUAGAGCUGCUCUUAGUAUCUCCGUGUAGUCCAUAACUCCAUUGUGUCCACACAGCAUAACUCCAUUGUGUAGUCCAAACUUGUUCAGGUGAUCCAAACAUGCUCUAGAUCUAUGAGCAAAACAUAGCAGAGAGGUGCAUAUGCUUUUGCAAUUGACAAAUAAUCCUGCAGACAGUCCCCAGCUUGAAGGAUUAAUAAGUGCAACAAAACUGCAUCAUGCAUCACCUAAUAACGCGUAUAUACGCGUUUCUAAUUCGCGGUUAGCUAAUACACAUGCGUUUAUUUCUAACCCUUUCACACGCGAAGAAAAGAUCUCACCUACUACCUACAAUUGUCCAACGAAACAAAAUAAAAAAAGAUCACGGUCGGCUGCCUGCCACCAAGUGCCAACUUCAGAUGACGCCCAACUCAUUUGCGUUCACCUAGUGCGUGCGAUAUGCUUCUCAUCAUAUCUUUUUAAAGAAACAACCAAAGCAGGUCAACUCCUAACACACUAAGGUCUUGUCAUCAUAUCUUUUUAAAGAAACAAGAAGGCGCAGAGUUGUUCUCACCACAGUCCACAACCAACAUCGAUCAACGAUCAUGACAACUGCGUCGCCGAGCAGCUGCGCCGUCUCCUCCUCCCUGGCCGUCGUGCUGCUGGCGCUACUACUCGCGGCGGCGUCGGCGUCGGCGGAGAAGGAGACGCACCUGCGGUUCUACUGGCACGACGUGAUGAGCGGGCCGAGCCCGACGGUGGCGCGGGUGGCGGAGGCCGCGACGACCAACGCCUCCGCCACGAGCUUCGGCGCGGUCUACGUCAUGGACGACCCGCUCACCGAGGGGCCCGACCUGGCGUCGUCGUCGAGCAAGGUCGUGGGGCGCGCGCAGGGCAUGUACGUCUGCGCCGGGAAGGACAGCCUGUCGCUGCUCAUGGCCAUGACCUUCGUGUUCCAGGACGGCAGCGCCUACAACGGCAGCAGCGUCGCCGUCGUCGGGCCCAACCAGGCGGCCAUGGCCGUCAGGGAGAUGGCCGUGGUCGGCGGGACCGGCGCGUUCCGCUUCGCGCGCGGCUACUGCCAGGCACGGACCUACUCGUUCGACGCCAAGACCGGCGACGCAACUGUCGAGUACAACGUCUACCUCCGGCACAACUGAUGUAUCCUCGUGUAUGUAGUGAUGGCGUACAUAAUAAGAAUGCGCGGUUUGAUCAGUGAUAUGGAUUUCUUGUUUUCACGGCCAUAAACAUGAUUAGAUUUCUUGUUUUCUCUAGCUCACAUAUUUUUGCUGUUAGUAAAAGAUCAUCUUCUUAUUUA